AUGCAACAGAGAGCCCCGAACAUGAGGAGGAGCCGACACCGCGCAAACAUGGGACUUUCAGUGCUUUUCAGAUGGCUUGUGUUCACAGUGGUGGUGCCUGCCUGGCUGCUCGCUGUUCCCAGUGGCAUCCGCGAGCGUCCCUGCCCCCUGAGCUGUAGAUGUGAUGGGAAAAUAAUAUACUGCGAAUCCAAUGCCUUCCGUGACGUGCCAAACAACGUGUCUGUCGGCACACAGGGCCUGUCCCUGCGGUACAACAGCCUGGUGAACCUCAGAGCCCACCAGUUCGCAGGCCUGAGUCAACUAGUUUGGCUCUACCUCGACCACAAUUACAUCAACGCCGUGGACGGCCAGGCUUUUCACGGCAUACGCAGGCUCAAAGAACUGAUUCUCAGCUCGAAUAAGAUCACACAGCUGAAAAACAACACUUUCCACGACGUCCCCAACUUGCGUAACCUUGACCUUUCCUACAAUAAGCUGCAGGUCCUUCAGCCGAAUCAGUUUGUGGGUCUACGGAAGCUGCUGAGUUUACACUUGAGGUCAAACUCCUUAAAAACUGUCCCCAUGCGAGUUUUCCUCGACUGUCGCAACCUGGAGUUUCUAGAUAUCGGCUACAACAGGCUUCGGAGCCUCACACGUAAUGCCUUUGCAGGACUCCUGAAGCUCAUCGAGCUUCAUUUGGAGCAUAACCAGUUUUCAAAGAUAAAUUUUGCUCAUUUCCCACGCCUGACUAACCUGAGGGCCCUCUAUCUUCAGUGGAACCGUAUCAAACUGCUCACCCAGGGCCUGCCGUGGAUGUGGACUUCCUUGCAAAAGUUGGACCUGUCAGGAAAUGAGCUUCAAAUGUUGGAUCCGAGCACAUUUCAAUGCCUGCCUAAUCUACAGACUCUCAACCUGGACUCCAACAAACUCAGCAACGUCUCUCAGCAGACAGUGGAGGCUUGGAUCUCGCUCACCACCAUCAGUCUUGCUGGCAAUUUGUGGUACUGUAACCCCAACAUUUGUCCUCUGGUGUCCUGGCUCAAAGCCUUUAAGGGCAACAAGGAGUCUACUAUGAUUUGUGCCAGCCCCAAGGAGGCCCAAGGAGAGAAAGUUACUGAUGUGGUGGAGACUUAUAACAUCUGCACAGCGACGCCGACCCCCAUCCCCUCAACGAAAGCGCCCCUCACUUCUGCGUUUCCACCUGAGCUGCUGCCUCUUACCACAAAGUCUGUGGCGGAUAAAAAGCUGAUGUGGAACAGGACAGCCUCCCCGACUCCCACCGAGGCCUCCCCCACCAUCCCCCUGCCAGACACCGAGUAUGUGUCCUUCCACAAGAUCAUAGCUGGUAGCGUGGCCCUCUUCUUAUCUGUGGCUAUAAUUCUGCUGGUUAUAUAUGUCUCGUGGAAGCGCUAUCCCAGCAGUAUCAAACAGCUUCAGCAGCGCUCAGCAGUUAAAAAGCGCCAGAAAAAGGCACGGGAGACUGAGCGCUCCCUUAAUUCACCACUGCAAGAGUACUAUGUGGACUACAAGCCUUCACACUCAGAGACUAUGGAUGUGCUGGUUAAUGGGACAGGACCUUACACAUACACCAUCUCAGGCUCCAGGGAAUGCGAGGUAUGA